UUAUGUGUGCUGGAAAACACUAAGUAAGAAAAUCAUGUUUUGCAGUGUAGCUGUAGCAGACAGUGUGCCUUUACGCCUGAAUGGUUUUAUCUUCAACAAGUCUGUUACGCUUCAGUCAGCAAAACUUGCUCUGUAAAUGGUGUGUAACCGUGUUUCCCUCACCAGUGUGUGCGUGUGUGUGUGGCCACAACAAGUUGUCAUUCUGCUCUUCACAGCAGCGCAUCUUCCUCCUACCGCUUCCGUCAGUUACAGCGCGUCACCAAAGUUUGCGUCGGCGGUUCAACAAUCGACCAUGGCUCUCCAUCUCGCAGGUAUUAUUUUUAGUUAUGCGGUGGAUCUUCUUUAAGAUGUAAUUCUGUGAGGGGGAUGCUGGACGCAGGAGCGGUGAAUUACGCCGUUGCCGGGAGAAUGGACGGUUCGAGGCACUUUUAAGGAGAUCACAGAGAUGGAGAGUCCUUCUAAGAUUGAGAGACGGCAGGCGUGGGCGCUCAGCAGCCGCCGCAAGUUUACCGUCAGAGAUGGAGAACACCGCAGCCCAACAGCAGACGAUCAGCCCCACUUCUCUCUUCAAGAUGACGUCUUUGUGGAUGGAUGCUCUGCAGGAAAGAUUGAAAGCUGGCUCCAAGGUUGUGGGAGUGAAGCCAGCCCUGCCAAAAGCAUUCACCUAGCAGGCUCUUUGAGGACAGGCGUCAGCUUUGAGGAUGAUCUGAUUCUGGGAGCAGAAGCCACUGGAUUAUAUGCCUCAUCAAGUGCGCAACAAUUUAGCACACCUCAACAGAAGCUUAACCUGCCAUUGUACAGCAUGGGUCAAAGUGUUGCUUCCAGCGCUUUCUCUACCACUACUGCCAGGACCGCUUCCAGUUUGUCUGAGGUCCUUCAGAUGCGUGCAGAAGAUGCAGAGGAAACCCUUUUCCAGUUGGGUUUUGGUUGCGAGGAACCACAAGUGACCGCUCGCAUCCCAGUCCGCUUCUUCAACUUUCCGUCCCAGCUCCGAGGCAUUAACUUCCGUUUGUUCCUCGAAUCCCAGCUCUCAAGAAUACGCCAGGAAGACCCCUGUCUUUCAUUAGCAAGUCGUUUCCGACAAGUAGAAGCAUUGACGGCAAUGGCGAACGCCUUCUACUCGUUGUACUCCCAUGUGUCCCGAACACCACUCCAAAAGCUCGCACCGCCCCAGUUAACCUUCACCUCCCCAAUUGUGGAGAGGUCAAGGUCUCGAAACAGUGUCCGCAGUGAACCACGCUCCCCUGUUGAAAGACUAAAAGACACUAUCUCCAAGAUGUGCUUGUAUACAGGAUCUCGUGGUUCGGACUCUACGCCUCCAAACAACUCACCCCGAAAGCGUAAAAGUAGUCUCUCAGGUGUUGUGGAGAAGAGUGCAGAAAAUAAUAAUGAUGACACCGAACAAGAUUUAUGCCUUCAAAUGGAAGUAGAUUAUUUGGACCAAAACCUAGACUGGUUUAUAGACAGCAGGACAGAACUUAACAAUAGGACUUGUGAAGAAAACACUGAAAGGACUGAUUACUCUGAGCCUAUACCUUGUGAGUCACUAUCUGGGAUGACAAGUGAAAAUGUACACAAGCACAGACACAGAUUAGAAGAGUGUACACCAUGCCUGGAGCCAAAAACGGACAUGGACAAGAAGUCCAAAGGUUGUAAUGUUGAUUCUGUUCACAUGAACAGAUCUAGAGUUAAUGUGGAACCAGUUCCUAUCAUCACCCAUGAUAUCAUUUGCCCUCAGGUUGUUGAAUAUGUGAAACAGGCACCUUAUCGCUGCAUGUACACAAAUAAUGUGGAUGCCAAAGACUCACACCAGGCACACCAGGCAACAAAUACACCCUCUGUAAGACAAUCAAAUUCUAUGAACGUACCCAAGUCAUUAUGUCAGAUCACAAUCACUGGAUGGGAGGAUGACACCACCUUCCUCAAUACACAGGAGCAGUGUUCAGCCAACAUCAACAGCUAUUUAACUCCAGUAAAACCACCAAACCUGAACAAGCAAGGCAACUCCUUUGAGCUGGAAGAGGUUCACAGUGCAGAAGAAGAGGAAGCCACUUCAUCAGAAUUCUGCUCUGCUGUCACAUUAUCCGUCUCACCACAGCAUAACAAAUCGUUGCCUCUCCGAGGGGACAGUUUCCAAUCAGACAGCAGUGGAUAUGUAGAAGAGGAAGCACAACAGUCCCACUCCAGCCUGGAGAAAACGUAACAUCAGAACUUGGACUAAUGAAGAAGCACAGAGCAUGUCUACUAAUGCUGUUCAGGUCAACAUGGAAGGGUGUUCGAGUGGUUUCACCCAUAAGGAAUUGAUUGUGUUAACUUAAUAGUAACUGCUGAAUAAGACCAGAAGCAUGUACAGAAUUGAAGCCUGUUCACACCAAGCAUGAUAGCUAUGAAUAUUAAUUUAACAACCCCGUGCAACCAGCAAAUGUCCGCAAUGUGCUACUAGUACAUCUGAGCUACUAGUACAAAAUGAUUAAUAUAAGGUGGCACUGGUUAUCACAGCUGCCUCACAUCAAGAAGGUUACUAGUUCGAGUCCCGGCUGGGCCAGUUGGGGUUUCUGUGUGGAGUUGGCAUGUUGUGAUUACGUGGGU